CCCUCCGCUGUGACCAUGGUGGUCAUGAAGAUGAAGUUCCCCUUUCAGAAAAGGGUGAAGCUGGCCCAGGGACUGUGGCUCCUCUCCUGGUGCGCCACAGUUGCCGGGGCCACGACCUUCAGCCUGGGGUGCCUCCUAAAGACGGAGCUCCACAGGAGAGCAGAGGUAAUGGAUAACACAGACAUACAUAUUGUGCCCAACACCCUCAUGAUUGUUGGUCUGGCUUCUUUGGGUAUCAACUACUUUGCGUCAAAGAUCUGCCAGGACGCCUUGGACGCUGGGCGCUUCCCUCGCUGGAAGAACUUCUUGAAGCCCUACUUUGCCAUCUCUUGCUUCUUUACCGUCCUCAUGCUGCUGGCUGUCAUCAUGAGCUAUGCCAUGAAGGGCAGCCUGGAGUCUUCCUUGAAGGUCGGCCUGAGGAAUGGCAUCCGCUUCUACAAGGACACGGACACCCCUGGACGGUGCUUCCAGAAGCAGAACAUCGACCGGCUGCAGAUGGAGUUUCAGUGUUGUGGAAACAAUGACUUCAGGGACUGGUUUGAAGUCCAGUGGAUCAGCAACCGCUACCUUGAUUUCGGCUCCAAGGAAGUCAAAGACCGCAUCAAGAGCAACAUAGAUGGACGUUACUUGGUUGAUGGAGUCCCAUUCAGCUGCUGUAAUCCCAGCUCUCCACGGCCAUGCAUCCAGUACCAGCUCACCAAUAACUCUGCUCACUACAACUACGACUACCAAACCGAAGAGCUCAACAUUUACCUUCGAGGCUGCAGAGAGGCCCUGGUACACUACUACAUGGGCUUGAUGAACACCAUCGGAGCUGGAGUGCUGUCAAUAUUCCUCUUACAGCUUUAG